UGACAUCACGUCCACCUCGCCUUGCUCUGAUUGGUCGCAGGACUUUCGGCGGCUUGGAUUGGCCGGGCCGUCUACGACCCCAAGGUGCUUUGCGGCGCCGAGUCCUUUCCUUUCGGCCGGUCUCCUGCGCAGGAGGCAACCAUGGCGCCCAGCCGGAAUGGCAUGAUCCUGAAGCCCCACUUCCACAAGGACUGGCAGCAGCGAGUGGACACUUGGUUCAACCAGCCGGCGCGGAAGAUCCGCAGACGCAAGGCCCGUUUGGCGAAAGCGCGCCGUAUCGCCCCUCGUCCCGCGUCCGGGCCCAUCCGGCCCAUAGUGAGGUGCCCCACGGUGAGAUACCACACCAAGGUCCGAGCUGGUCGGGGCUUCAGCCUGGAAGAGCUCAGGGUGGCCGGCAUCCAUAAGAAAGUGGCACGGACCAUCGGCAUCUCUGUGGACCCAAGAAGGCGGAACAAGUCCACGGAAUCCCUGCAGGCUAACGUGCAGCGGCUGAAGGAGUACCGCUCUAAGCUUAUCCUCUUCCCCAGGAAGCCUUCUGCCCCCAAGAAGGGAGACAGCUCUGCUGAAGAACUCAAAUUGGCCACUCAGCUCACAGGACCAGUGAUGCCCAUCCGGAAUGUCUAUAAAAAGGAGAAAGCCAGAGUGAUCACAGAAGAAGAAAAGAACUUCAAGGCUUUUGCCAGCCUCCGAAUGGCCCGUGCCAACGCCCGGCUCUUCGGCAUUCGAGCGAAAAGGGCCAAGGAAGCUGCGGAACAAGAUGUUGAAAAGAAAAAGUAAUGCUCUGUUGGGGCAUUGUAAUAAAUUUUCAGUAAAGCGAACUCUACUUCCAUGCA